AUGGAUAGUAGUGCUGAUUAUCAAGCUCUUCAGAGUGAUGAAGCAGAUCUUGGUGACGUCAGCAAUAGCAACAGUAACAACAAUAGUAGUAGUAACAACAACAACAACAACAACAACAAUAGUAAUAAGUUAUAUCAAUACGAUGAAUAUGAUAAUAAUAAUAGUAGUAGUGAUGAUGUGGUUGUAGAUUUAAAAAUGAAUAAAGACGAAGCACAACAACAACCUGUAGUAGUAGUCGUAGUUGAAAAUCAUAAUGAUUCGAAAUUAGAUACCAAUGAAAUAGAAUUAGAACAAGAUAGAUAUCUGGGGAGUGGAAAUAAUGACAAUAGUAAUAAUAAAUAUAAAAAAGUAGAGGAGGUGGUAGAAGUAAAUGGUGCAGAUUCAAAUAAUUCAAUUUUAAUAACAAACAACAACAGCAAUAAUAAUAAUAGUAGUAUAUAUGGUCAAGCUGAUGAUGGUGAUGAUGCUAGUGAUAAUGAUAAUGAUAGAUUACUUGAAAAAACAUAUCCAGAUUCAGAAACAAAUUCAGAUUCAGAUUCAAAUUCAAAUUUCAAUAUAAAUUCAUCGUCAUCAAUACUACCACCAUUACCACCACAAACUUUUACACCAUCAAAGUUGGAGCAACACGUAACAUUCAAUGAUAACAUAUUGAAGUAUAGCAGUGUUGAUCCAGAGGACUUUGAUGACGACGACGACACUGUUUCCUCACUGAACGAAUCGGAUUUCGUUACACCCGAUGCAGAUCUCUUUCCAACACCAAACAAUAUCUAUGAAAGAAUAUUGAAUCAAGCAUCGAAAUUAAGAUUUGAAGCAUCUAUACAUGCAAAGGAAUUAAAGUUGACGGCUGCCUAUUUGGCAUGUUUCAUUUCACUUGGUAUCAGUAUUGGAAGUUUAGGACCGACAUUGCCAGCGUUGGCAAAGAACACUCAUUCAACGCUUGCCGAGGUUGGAUACUUCUUUUCAGCUAGAGGUGUUGGUUAUUUCAUAGGUUCAUUUUCAGGUAGAGUAUGGCUAGCAGGAUUAUUAUUCUUUUUCGAGGGUGUUGGUGGUGGUGUCACCGAUGCAGGUUUAAAUACAAUGAUUGUUUGGAUUUGGAAGAAAUCUGUUAAUCCAUUCAUGCAAUUAUUACAUUUUUCAUUUGGAAUAGGUGCAUUGUUAGCACCGUUUAUUGUAUCGAUGAUAGUGGAGAGUUCAUUGUUUGUAAAGUAUUUGGUGUUGUCAAUGAUUAUGUUGUGUUCGUUCUUACCGGUGAUUCUAUUGCGAUCACCUCCACCCUAUAACGAGGAGACAGAGACAGCGGUGACACUGACAAAGAACGAGAAACGACUGAGAAUCGAAGUAAUCUUGGCAGUUGCAUGCUUCCUAUUCUUCUAUGUCGGUGCAGAGGCUGGCUAUGGAGGUUGGGUAUUCACCUACGCCAAAAGUCUACUGAAUAUGGAAGAUCAAGCAGCUGGACUGCUAAACUCGCUAUUCUGGACAACCUUUACACUUGCAAGAUUAGCUGGUGUAUUCAUCUCAAUGUAUUUAACACCAAAUGUAAAGAUGUUUCUUUUCUCAUUUCUAUUGAUUAUUGCACCUUAUUCUGAAGCGGUGUUAUGGAUUGCCACUUCAGGACUUGGCAUUAGUUUGGCGUCGAUCUUCCCGACUUGCAUUUCAUUGCCACAGAAUUUGAAUAUGCCGGUCACUGGUGAAGCGACUUCCUAUAUGAUUAUCGGUGCCACUCUUGGUGAGGUGACUAUUCCUUGGUUGAUAGGUGUCGCUCAACAUCAUAUUUCAGAGAGAACACUUCCAUGGGUGGUUGUCAUAAGUUGUGUCAUUACAUUGGCCGUCUACAUUGGAAUUAAUAUUCGUGCGAAAAUUAUGAGAGCAAGAGAUCGUGGUGAUACCUUUGAAUUGAAGAAUAUCAAUCAAUUCAUAACAACCAUUCAACAUCAAAAUUAA